AAAAGCUGCUUCAUUGUGCACGAAGCUGUAGAAUGAUUUAACAAUUACUAACCGUUUAUUAAUUCUUGUGUCAACUGUUUCAUUUUCUGAACACUUUGUUUUUUGGUGUAGAGGCUGACAUGGGAAUCCUCAAGCUGGAGAUGCCGGAAACCUUUGAGGAUGUCGCUGUUGAGUUUUCUGUAGAGGAGUGGAAAAUGCUGAAUGAACAGGAGAAACAACUUCACAAGGAAGUGAUGGUGCAGAACUAUGAACACAUGGUUGCAGUAGGUUAUAACAUCCCAAUGAAGCACCUGCUUUUACUGAUCAAUAGAUCUGAGGCGGUUCCAUCAGCUGCUAUAGAAGAAGUAGGAGGGACACUUCAUCAGAUUCAUCCUGAUACUAUCCACAGCAUUGAAAUGAAUACUGGAUACAGUGAAAAGCAUGUUCAAGAGUCAUCACAUGGAAAAAAUAGACAUUCUGACUGUGAAAAGACAAUGUUGGAUAGAGUGCGCAUCUCAGUAUAUUCUGAAAGGAGAUACUGUAAAUGUGUGGCAUGUGACAAGGGGUUUAGCCAAAAAGCAGAACUAGAAAUUCAUCUGAAAACAUGUAGAGGAGAAAAGUGCAAACAGCUUAACCACAGGAAUAAUUCUAUAUUUCAAGGUAGCAUCUUAAAGGAAGAAUUAAGUUCCACUGGGAAAAUACAAAAGGAAACCUUGCAAUCGGAUGAGAAGCUCUUCACUACAGAGAAGCCAUGUAAAUAUGCCAUGUUUGAGAAGAGUUUCAUGUAUUCAAACAACCUGAAAAUGCAUCAGAAUGCCCACAUAGGACACAAACCCUAUAAAUGUACCACUUGUGACAGCAGUUUUACACGUAAAGGCAGCCUGGUAUUGCAUCAAAGAAUCCACACUGGGCAAAAACUGUAUAAAUGUACCACAUGUAAUAAAAGUUUUACAUGGAAGGCCCGUCUGAUACAGCAUCAAAAGAUCCACUCUGGGCAGGAGCCUUAUAAAUGUGACACAUGUGGCAAGAGUUUUGCCCAGAAGCACUACCUGGUACAACAUCAGAAUACACACACUGGAAUUAAACCAUAUAAGUGUGCCACAUGUGGCAAGGGUUUUACAGGAAGGAGAGUUCUAGAAGAGCAUCAGAAUGCUCACUUGGGGGAGCGACCAUAUAAAUGCGACAUAUGUGGCAAAAGUUUUACAUGGAGGAGCAGUUUGGUAGAGCACCACAAUAUCCACUCUGGACAGAAACUGUAUAAAUGUGACACAUGUGGCAAGAGUUUUACAUGGAAAGCCAGUCUUUUACAGCAUCAAAACAUGCAUUCUGGGCAGAAACUGUAUAAAUGUGCCACAUGUGGUAAGAGUUUUGCUCGGAAGAACUACCUAGUACAGCAUCAAAAUACCCACAGUGGACUAAAACCCUAUAAAUGUGCUACAUGUGGCAAGGGUUUUACUGAAAAGAGAGGGCUGGCAGGGCAUCAGAAUAUUCAUAUGGCACAGAGACCCUACAAAUGCACCACAUGUGGCAGGUGUUUUACAUGGAAGUACAAUCUUGUUUUGCAUCAGAAUGUCCAUACUAGGCAGAAAGUAUAUAAGUGCACCACAUGUGACAAGACUUUUCCUCAGAAGGACCGCCUAGUACGCCACGAGAAAAUCCAUACUGGGCAAAAACCAUAUAAGUGUUCUACAUGUGGCAGUAGCUUCACAUUGAAAUGUGGUCUGGUACGGCAUCAGAAUAUCCACACUAGGCAAAUGCCAUAUAAAUGUGCUAUAUGUGACAUGGGUUUUGUACGGAACAAACACCUGGUACAGCAUUACCAAAAUAGCCACACUGGACUUAAACCUUAUAAUUGUGCUACAUGUGGCAAGGGUUUUACACAGAAAAAGAGUUUAGUAUUGCACCAGCAUAUCCACACUGGGGAGAAACCCCAUAAGUGUGCCACCUGUGACAAGGAUUUUAUAAGUAAGAAAAGCUUAGCACUGCAUCAAAAUAUACACACUGGGGAGAAACCAUAUAAAUGUGCCACGUGUGGCAACAGUUUUUCAUGGAAAACCAGUUUGGUACUGCAUCAGUACUCCCACAUUGAGCAGAAACAGUUUAAGUGUACCACAUGUGGCAAAGACUUUUCAAGAAAGAAAAGUCUAGAAAGGCAUCAGACCAUCCACUCUGGUGAAAAACCAUACAAGUGUGACAUUUGUAACAAGGACUUUAGUUGUAAGCAGUAUUUGACAAAGCAUCAGAAUAUCCACACUGGACUGAAACCCUAUAAGUGUACAAUGUGUGACAGGAGUUUUACACGGAAGGAACACAUGGUAUUGCAUCAGAAUGUCCACAGUAAACAAAAAACAUAUAAAUGUGACUCAUGUGACAAGAGUUUUACACGGAAGGACCACCUAGUACUGCAUCAGAAAACACACUAGGCAAAACCAGAAGCCGAUAAAAAUCAGGCAGCAACUGAAUGUGCCAAAAAACAAAAGAAAGAAUAUAAGGUGAAGGACCGGAUGAGAAGGCAAGAAAUGUGGAAAAUGCAUAAAUAUAGUUGCAAGUAUAGAAAAGUUCUGGAAGAACCUGAUGUUGAUCAGAAAUUAAUGCAGGAAUGGUUAAGGAGAGGUGAAUUCAAACCAAGAGAUGAAAGGUUAAUAUUGGUGGGCUACGUACACCCUGGUUUACAAAGCCCAGUCCAUGUUGGAGAAACAAACAAAUGUAUGUUUUGUAAAACUGAAUUGGAAACAGUUGCACACCUCAUUGCUGGUUGCGACAUACUAAUGGC